UGGACCUUUCCAGGGAACUCCCUGUGCCGAAACUGUUCUGAAAUGCAUCCAGGACUUCAGAAUUCAAUUGUGAUUCGCGUUUGGAUCGGCUGAACUGCCGUCCUUCCUGUGCAGCUUGCAGCUUUCAAGACGGGAGCUGCUAGCAGCGGUCGCCAGCGGUUGCCACCAUGCCGAUUCCUACGAAGCCACCGCAAGCGUCAUCUUCUUUUGCGGAGGUGGAAUUUGAUCUCCUACGCGAUGACUUUCUGGCAAAAUUUGAACGAGUUCAUGCUCGACUUAACGUGUUGGAGGCGAAGAUUGAGAGGCUUGAAGACGAGAGGGCGGAUACCAAGCUUGGUGAUCUUGCCACUGCGCUCAUUGAUGAACCUUCUGAAGGUGACAACGCACCGGUGCCGCCAGCGUCCGGUCACGUGGUCGGGCCGAGCGCGCCGAGCGCGCCGAGCGCCGCGCCGCCGGUAGCUUCGAGGGAGACGAAUUGCACACUGGUGAGCGUGCUCUCUGAAGUGACCGAAGAUCCCCAGGAUCAGCUCGGCUCGGUGCCCUUCUCGGAAAGUGCGUGGACCUACCCAGUGGUCAUUGGCUUAGUCAAAGCAGGCAUCGUGGAGGCUCUCUUUGCAGUGCUACUGUUGCUGGUGAAUGUCUUUGUGCAGAUGGGUUUCAUGCUCAUCAUCCUGACCCCCGAUUUCCUCCCAGGGGAUAUCUCUGAACAGAUUGACUAUGCACAGCAGUGGCGGAGGAGUGUGGCGCAUGAUCAUCAAAACCUGGAUUUGGCCUCCACGAGCCUGGUUACUCGAGUUUGCAACGGUGAUGGCGCUUUGAUCGUCUCCACUCGACAAGCGACACUCCUGGAACACAUCAAUAGCUAUUUGGGCUUGAAUGUAGCUGCCUUUGAACCGGAAUUCUUCCAACCUGGAGUAUUACUCUCAGUGCUGUGUAUUCUGCUGUGGAGCUUGUGUGUCUACAAGGAGCUCCGGAACAUCUUGCAUACCUUUGAAGCCGUGAGGCGAUUGCCACACACGAGCCGAACCACCGUUCGGAACAACACGUUGCAGAGCUUGUCCUCGGGUCGCUACAAAAUCUUAAAGAUCACAUAUCUCCUGCGAACUGCUAUCGCCAUCUCCCUCCUGAUCUCUGGCAUUCGUUGGCUGGCUCAAACGACCUCGAUUACCGAACUGAUGCUGAACGCUGUAGCUCUCAAUGCCAUUCUGGAUGUGGACGAAUUUCUGUUUGCUGGUUUCACCCCGAUGUCGAUACACCUCUCAAUCCAGAAGCUGGAGCCACUGGAAAUUCGAUACACUGCACGGCGCAACAAGAUUGAAAGCCUCAUUCUCUUCGUCCUACUGCUGGUGACCUUCCUUGUGCCGUACUCCUUUCUCUUGAAGCCACAAGCAGAUGCCAUGCUCUUGGUGAAGAGGGAACUGUGUUUUGGCAACCAGACUUUUGUGGUGGGUCAAAAUCAGGAUAGCCAAGUGAUCUUUGGCAUUGUCACAGCGGACCUCCCCGAAGGAGGUCGCAAGACCGUUGCCCUUUCUCCCAUUGAGCGAGCCGUCGACAUGCACAAGUUCGCUGGCCCAGAUGAAGAGGCCUAUUACAUUGGCUUUUUGAAUAGCCGCGCAGCUUUUGACAUGGAGAAAACCCGAAGCAUGGCCUCAGAAACGGCGGAGUUCACCUUCUGCGUGGAGCAGACGUACUUCACCCCUGGACAACAAUGGUAUCAGGAUGCCGUCGUGGGACGUUUGGUGAUGUUUCGCCUGCGCACUGCGGCGGCGGUGCUGGGCCGCUAUGAUGACAUCAGCUCCUGCGAACAGGUGGCCGACCUGUGCACUUUGCCGGAAGCCCGAUUGCUGCGGAUGAUCUGUGGAAUCACCUGUCACCUGUCGAAGACCUGCGGAGGAUCGAGGUUAGGGCGAGGUCCGGCAAGGGUGGCAAAGGAUCGGUUUUUGCAGGUGAAGCAUGUGAAGCAUGGGUUCAGAGAGGAAGGAUUCGGAAGGAUGCAACACUGUGGAUGUAGAGGACCCGGUCAUGGAGGUGUUGCCAUUCGGACGCAACUGCACGAAUCCCUACGCAACCCAUUGGUACAAGGUUCCAGCGCAGGGCUGUUCAGAGAGUUGUUUGCAGAUCGCCCGAGAACAUUUGGCCUCUGAAGACUGUGAAGAUCGCCCGAUCGAUGAGAAUUGGCUCCAAACCUGGGAUGGCUACUUGCCUGCCCUGGUGCAUACCUUUGGCACAGAUGUUUACUCCUCCUCCGCGAUGCCCUUUCUGGAAGCCAUGGUUGCAUCAAUGAAGUCGGGUGGCUGCCCAACCCUCAAAGUGCCGCAGUUUCGAAACCUCAUUGGCAGUCAAAGCCCAUGGUGUGAAGGAGAUCCCGACCUCAUACGACCCCUCGCCUGGAUUUGUCCAGAAAGUUGUGGCUGCAAGGCUUAUGGAAGUGCCUCUUUGCCCAGCUACUGUCCUCGAAGCUGUUCGAACUCCACCUGAGUGAAGAAGACGCGCUGGCGGUCUGCGCGGGAACGACGAAGACCGGUCUGCAGGGGACCAAACCCAGAGAAUGCCAUGGAACUGGAAGAUUUAUACCAGCGAGC